AUGGGAGCAUGCGAAGAAAGAUCCCUGAAGAAAGCUGCAGAUGACUACGUGAUCAUGCAUUACCCUGAAGCGUAUAGCAAAGCUUAUUCUCUACCCGAAGGAUAUAUUUUGAGUAGGAAGAAAUUCAACCAGUUGAAGAGACAGGCUUUGCAAUGCGAAAAUGUCAAUAUGCCAUGGGAUCAUCUUUCUGUUGCCAUGGUGUUCGAUCGCCUCAAGGACGCAUUUAAAGAGGUGCCAUCACUCACAGUGAGUGAUUACGCCUUCACAGAUACCUUUCUCAAAGGUAUCACUGAAGAGAAAAUGAAAAAACUCAUAAAAGUAUCCCAAAUCAGUGAAGAGGAUUUGCGACCUGGUGACCAUGAUGUAUUCGGCAUUGGGAUAUCUGGCAAGGACGUAGUUGGGAUUUUCUUUCAAGUGAAAGCAACAAAAUCUGAGGCAAACCCAAAAUCAGUCCUCGAUUCCCUUGGAAAGGCAAUGCUGCAAAUCAAGAAAGACGUCAAUAUUUUCCGGACCUUAUGUGGUGGAUUCUUAAAUUCAAAUGUGAAAGCUCGAAUCCUCACCUCGGAAGAUUUGCUUAACCCUAGAAGUUUCAAAAUGUUUCUGGCAAGACACGAUAUCGUAUUAGAAAAGGUCACAGGAGGGAAUUCCAUGACCCAAAUCACAGCCUUCAAAGACAUAUUCAACCUCUAUGUCUGUGCUGCAUCUACUGUCAGCGUCCCUCGCAACCCCACUCAGUUAAUGGACUGCUGCAUGGAACAGAUGGAGUCCGUGCUCAUGAUUCUCACUCCACAACAGAGAGAAUUAGUGACGAGCAAUGAUGAGGUCAUAUUCCUGACGGGAGGUAGUGGAACUGGUAAGACUGUCGUUCUGAAGAAAAGGGCCUUGGAUUUGGCGUGGAAAGAUGAAGUAUUGGUCAUCAAUGUAGCUGGUGGACAUUUGACAAGGGAAUUUCGACAAUACUUCAGAGGAGUGAUGCACGUUAGGGUUGUGGAUGGGAGAGAAGAGGGAAUUUCGGAAAACUUCGAGAAAUUCCUUGCCUUCCUCAAGGGCCAGGGACUGCAUAAGCAUUUGCUGAUCGACGAAGUUCCUUACACUUAUGGAUUCAAAGCUCCUUACAAUGCAAUACGUAUUAAGGAGCAUUGGAACCAGGUCUUGAACAGCCUUAGCGAGCAUGUGAAGAGCAUUACGAUUGCAUUCCGGCCGAACGAUCCCUCCUAUGCCAUAGAUAUUGAUCCAAGAGACAUCACGAUUGGAGACGUCAGCAUAUAUGUUUUGAAUGUGGGACAGGCGGACAAUUUCUUGGAAGAUGGGAUCAAGUUGGUGGUGCACCGUCACGUUUCUUCAAUGCAAGAAGAAGGGCACGUGGAUGUCCAGAAUGUGCCAAAGGAGGACGUUGACAUCGACGACGAAGCCAUACUCCACAGCCUUGAUGUCGUUGGAAACUUCCUACUGGUUGUGGAAGCUGGCCCUUCACAGCUGAGUGAUGCUCAGGCAAACGGAUCACACAUUGUAACAAAUUGCCCGUUCGUUGUGGAAGCCGUCAAGGGAUGGCUGAAGCAAUGUGUCUGGUACUUCGACAAGGUGUGGUCGAAUAAAUUCAUCCCUCAUACGAUGAACGAUUCCAGGAUUGCUGCAAUCCUGAAUGAUUUCCAUGAAAGCCUCGAAUCGGACAAUGAGGAUGAUGACGAGAGGGAAAUGGAGAAAGUCACUGAAGAAUAUGUGGCCCACAACUACCCUGAAGCCUAUACGAGAGCUUGCUCUUUACCAGAGGGUUACCUUUUGAAGGAAAAAAUGUUCAAUAUGCUUAAGACAGUGGCUUUUGAUGGAAAGGAGGAAGUGGAUAUGCCAUCAGACCAACAGUCCAUUACCAUGGUAUUCAAUCGCAUUAAAGAUGCAUUCAAGGAUAUUCCCUCCCUAACCAUUGCUGACUACGCCUUCACAGACACCUUGUUCAAGGUCGUCUAUGAAAAGCAGAAAGUUGACUUCAUCCGGCAGUCAGGAGUAACAGAGGAAUUCCUUAAAUCAGGUGUCCAUGAUGUUUUCGGAAUUGGAAUAACUGGCAAUAACAUCUUUGGGCUGUUCUUCCAAAUCGGGAGAACGGACUUACAGGGAAAUUCCAACACACUAUUUCAUUUGCUGAAGCAGGCCACUCAACGGUUGGCUGGUUUUGUUGCCUUCCCAACGCUUAGAGAGUCUGAUUUGCAGAAAGUUAUUAAGUGCGGAGAUUGCCGAGGGCGAAUCAUCACUUUUGAAGAUUUACGUGACGCAGAAAGUUUUAGGAGAUUUUUGGCAAAACACGAUAUCAAGCUGGAUGCACCUUGGGAUCGGAAUCCGGAGUCCUCUGUCAUGAAGACCUUCAAGGCGAUUUUCAACAUCUACGCUUGCGCAGCAUCAGCUGUGGAUCUCCCUCGCAGCUCCGCUCAGUUGUAUGCUAUGAGUGAGGAGCAAAUGAAACCGAUGCUUGUGAUUCUCACUCCUCAACAGAGGGAGCUGGUGAAUAGUGACUUAAGGGUGAUCCUUCUGACUGGCGUCAGUGGGACAGGCAAAACCUUUGUUCUAAAGAGAAGAGCUAUACAUCUGAAGGAAAAAGGUUCAGUGUUGGUCCUGAAUAUUGCCGGAGGAGGUCUCACGGAAGAUUUCCAAAAUGACUUUAAAGCUGCACAUCAAGAAAUCGAGGUUGUUGAUGGAAGAGAGGGACGGGAGAAGGGACUGGAAGAAGAUCUUGAAGGACUGAAAAUGUUCCUGGAAGAGAAAGGAAAAGGAAAGCACGUCCUCGUUGAUGAAGUCCCCAUCACAUUAGGACUACCUGGUAUCAUCACCGCUAAAGGUCUUUCCGACCAUUGGGAGUGGAUCACAAACUUGGAUGUGCAGUCAAUCACUCUCUGCUUUAGACCCAACGACCAAUCUUACACGAGGGAUUUCUUGCUCGAAGAGGUCAAACCAGGUGGCUACAGCAUUACUGUCCUCAAUGUCCCAGAGGGUUUGUUCCCACUCGUCGUGGUCACCGAGGAGGAAAUUAUGGGGUGCCACCCUCGGAACGUGACAAUGGUCCUCGACUUCCCACGGUCGAAGUGGAAAAAUUAUAAUCGAUUGAUAGCGUCCACUGGAGAAAACAAGAUCCUCGUUGUCGAGGAAGAGGAGUGGACAACGGGCAGGUUUUCCCAUGUCCCGAAAGCUAUAAAAGAAAAUCCAGGGUGGAAUAUCGAGAGGAGAAAGGUUGAUGAAGUCGACCUCAGAGCAAAAAUGGAGAGCAUACUGCAGGAAUACGAAAGGAAAGACUUGACUGACGUAAAGGGGGUAUUCCCUCAGCAAUCCUCCCCUAGUGUGCGUAUGGAUUGGGAUGGGGGAGGAGAGGAGAAUGGAGAAUUUGGACAGAUGCUGGAAUAUACGCUCAUAGGGAUAAUAGGCUACCCAGCCUCGGGAAAAUCCAGAAGAAUAGACAAAUUGAUUGCACAAGUGACAGACAGAGUUAUGGUUCUCCACUGCGGCGGAAAGUUGUCUCGCCAAUUCUACAGACAACGCUGGAAAAAGAAGGCCGACGUCGAUAUAGUGGAUGUCAAUACUUCGGAAAUCGAUUCUCUUGAGAAAAUUUUCAAUGAAGUUCAUCAGAGGAAGAUGGAGAAGGAUAAGGGCAAAAAUAUGAUUGCGAAGGAAGGAAAGGUGAAAAAGAAAAGAAAGAAUAAGGAAAAUGGGAGGAAGGAAACGGAUGAAGAGAAGGAGGAGGGAACGAAGAAAGCGCCAGAUCCGCUGGUUGUGGUGGUCGAAGACUGUCCCAUCUUCCACCAGUUUCCAGUCACCACCGUUGAGAGAAUUAAAAAAAUGAAUACAAGGCUCAUCAUCGCCUUCAAACCUCAUUCAAAUUACACACCUGAUAUCUCAGUGGACAGAGUUGUAGAAAUGCUGCAUGAGAGGCGAGACUGCACAGCGAUAGUGCUUCGAUCACAGCCGACAAACCUGGCUCUCCUGACGCACAUCCGAGAAAACGAAAUUCCAAGUUUUCUCAAUUUGGAGUCGAAGAACCUGUCCGUCUCUACUCUACCAGCCUCCGUUGUCCCUGGCCCACCCGUCCAAUACGUCGACAUCAAAGCCAAUAAAUGCUCGAGAAGACAUUUGGGGUAUAUCUGCAACGGAAGGAGCACAUGUGGGAUAUCUGCGAAUGUUUUAUCUUCCCUUUUGAGAUCGAAGCCUUUCGAAUCAAUGAAUGAAAUGACUCACAUCUUGGUAUCAGAUGAGGGACUGCUGAUACCCUUGCGAGAGAAAAUGAAAACUUGGCCUAAUAUCCAAGUGAAACACCUCAAGGACUUCCGUGGAUGUGAAGCUUCCAUCGUCAUCUCUUUCAACGUGAGUGACGACUGGCUGCUUGAAGUGAUCUCUCGCUCCAGGACUCGACUCAUCAUCAUUGACAACCUCAUCGAGCAUCAAACCCUAUGGAAACAAAUGAAAAACGAAGGCGUUGUAUCCAUCCCCUGUCUCCCAGACCCCGAAGACAACAUAAGCAUCCUCCUGAGACUUGAUGAUCAUGAAAUCUUCCUAAUGUUCCUGGACACAUCACGAAUCCAAGAAUUGACAACAUACUUGGAAGCAAUCCAUCGGAAUCCUCGUGGUUCUUCAAUUGCAGAUAGAGAACUCACUACUCUGCUUCUCAAUUGCUAUGCCAAACUUGGGGAUUCUCAGAAGCUUGAUUUCUUCGUUCAGGGUGAAGAUGGGAUCCAGGAUGUGGAUACAGCAGUACGAGUAUUGAGGCGUGCUGGCUGCUUAUAUCAUGCCCUGCUACUUGCCAAGAAGCAUAACAAGCACCACCUGCACCUUGGCAUCCUCUUGGGUGAUGGCAUAGGUGAUGCAAAGGAUGCUUUGGACUAUAUUCAGAAUCUUCCACCUAAAGAACUGGAGGUAGUGUUGGUGGAGUAUGGUGGAGCUCUUAUGCAUGUGGCUGCCAAGGAGACCACAGAACUCUUGCUUCAACUCCCUGCCCUCAAGCAUCCUGAGGAGUAUCUGCAUCUUUUCCAGGGUCAUCAAUCUGAACGUCUCUGCUUCCUUCGACAUGUUACCCAAGAAAAUAAGGGAUCCUCAAUUCUCUGGACUGCUCUCCUUGAAGAACUCCUGAGACUCUGGAGUGAAGAGAAAGAAGAAGGGGAAAGCAAGAGUUUGGAAGCACAAGUGUGUGAUACAUUGGAGAGAGGGGAAAGAGCAUUGGAGAAAGAACAGGCUCUGCUUCUCUGCAGCCAGUAUGGCUUCCGACCAGGACUUCUCCGUCUUUAUGGCCAACUGCACCUAUGGAGUGAAAUGCUGGAUGUUCAUGUGAAUACAAAGGAUUGGAAAGGAGCUAUGGAAGCAUGUAGAGUUCAAGAAAAUGAGCAUUUAUGGCCAUUGCUCCUGUCUAAGGUGGUUCAGGAUCCUGAGACCCCAAAGGAGGUCCUGUCCACCAUCUUGACUCAGAUUGAGAAAUCCAAGGAGCUCACACCAUUGCAAGUGUUGGAUUCAUUACAAGGCUGUCCUCAUGCCACUCUGGGUCUGGUGAGGUCUUAUCUACUGCAUGCAUUCCGUGCUGAGAAGGACCAGGCAGAUGAGAGCGAGACUGAGAGUCGACGCCUUGCUGAUCACAUCCUCUCUGUCAAGCAGAACUGUCAGGCUCUCCGUUCCAGCUGCUUUGAGAGCUAUUCAGAAGGGGAACAAGGAUGUCCCACUUGUGCUCAAAAAACUGAGAAGAUCCAAGAAGCAGUGACUCUUGAGUGGGAACAACAGGGCUCAGUGUUAAACCAGGAAUUCUUCCGUCGUAUGGCAUCAUCCAAUGAGGAUCACUUUAAAGUCAUUGCAGACUUCUUUUCAAAGGGGCUUUUAUCUACCCUUCAAGAACCUCUAGGUUUUGAUAUGUUUGGACAGGGAGAAGGUCGCUUGAGACAAGAUGAGAGAGUGACUUCAGUUUCUCAGCAAACUGAGGGAAGAAUGAGAGGACAAGAAGGAAGGAGUCUAGCUGCAGCUGGAUCUGGCCUCUCUUUGUUGGGAGGCGAAGGGAUCCUACGAGUGCGUGAAGGGAAAGCCAUGAGGGAUCAACAAGAAGAGAGAGCUGCUUCUGUUUCUCGUCAAUCAGAGGGGAGAUUGAGAGGACAAGAAGGAAGAAGUUCAGCUGCAGCUGGAUCUGGACUCUCUUUGAUGGGAGGUGAAGGGAGCCUGCGAGUUCGUGAAGGGAAACCCAUGAGGAAUCAGGUGCCUGCCACUCGCCCAAGGACAUUGGAGGCAACUGCUGAACCUCAUCCUCAAAAGGAUCACCAUUAUAACCCAUUUGCUGAGGAGAACCAUUACAAUCCCUUUGCUGAGGAUGCAGAGGAGAAAGAGAAAGAAAAAAGUAACAAGAAUCCCUUUUCAGAUGAUGACGAUGAUUAUGAUGAUGAGCUGAACCCCUUUGCCGAAUAAAAUAUCUAUUUGAUAUUUGAUAUAUGGACAUUGGAUUGCCUGAAUAAAGUUAUACCUAAAGGCACAGCCUAUAGCAUA